AUGAUCAAUUUUCAAUCAAUUCGUAAAACACAUUUUGAUCUUGUGUGUCGUCUUAUUCGUCCGGAACAAGUUAUUUCAUUAAUUCUAGCUGAUGAGAAAGAAACACCUUGCCAAUCUCAAUUGUUUCAAGCUCGCUUUCGAAUCGAAAAAUUUACUCGCUUACGUUCAUUACAAUUAAUUGAAUUAACCGAUGAUGGUCAAUCCUUAUUAUCGAAAUUAUACAAAGUGCAAAGUCUUGUUUCUCUUGAAAUCAAUAUUCGAUUUGAUCUUCCAUUGAUUAAGGCUUUGCCGUCAAUAAAAACCCUCAUUAUUAAUUUUCCAUCAGGUGUGCAGUUUGAUAUUCGACGAUCCGUUGGUUCACUCUCAUUGGAAUAUGU